GGUAGACUAGAGACGUAUUACAAGCUGACCGUAUUUCUCAUGUCGAUCGUAGGACUCUGGCCGUACCAGAAUGCGAAUCUUCGUCGACUGCAGAUUGCCUUUGUCUGUAUCUUCUUCUACUAUUUCAUAAUCGCCCAGUUGUUGGCUUUCAAGACAAAAGAGUUCUCGUUGUCUCUUCUAUUAAAAAAUCUACCGCCUAUAUUAAUGUGCGCGUGCGCCGUCGUAAAGUUUAACACGUUUUGGUAUCAUGCCAAUACAAUUAAGGAACUUAUGGAAGAAAUAAGAUACGAUUGGAGCACCAAACGCGCGGAGAUAUUCCAGAUCAUUCAGAAUCGAGCCGGAUCGGCAAAGCAUUAUGCAACGAUGUACGCGUCAUUUAUCUAUCCGUCAGCGUGUAUCGUGACGAUAUGUCACCUCGCAUCCUUCAUUCUAAACACGAAGGCAGCAGAGAACGGUACUCGAAUAAACUAUUUCCCGAUAAUGACAGAAUAUUUAAUCGACCAAGAUAAAUACCUUUACCUAAUCGUGUUGCAUCAGAAUUUAUCAUUGUUCAUAUGUGCGUCCAUAUUCGUGGCCACGGAGACGUUGUUCAUCAUGUGGAUGCAUCACGCCGCCAGCUUAUUCGAAGUCGCUAGUUACCAUAUCGAAGAAGCGGUCACCUAUGGAUCUGCUUUGCCAACCAUUUCCCAAGAUCAUACGGAUAAUACCAGUAAGAUGUGUUUGAGAGAUGCGGUACUCGCUCAUGAAAAGGCGUCAAAGUUUGUCCGUGAGAUGAACAUGAGAUUAGAUGCCUCGUAUACUUUUAUCCUUGUAUUUGGUACCAUCUCCUUAAGCGUUAAUUUCUUUCGCCUAUCCCGAGCAAUAUGCUUGACACACGAUUUAGAGGAAUUAGCUAUAUCUCUGCUGUUUUCCAUUACCGAGCUGGGUUACAUGUUCUAUUUGAACUACGUGGUACAGCUAAUGCUGGAUUACGCGAACAGACUCGUCACGGUAAUAUACAAUACGAAUUGGUACCGUACGUCGAUAUAUAUACAAAAAUUGUUACUGAUCAUCAUGAUAAAGUGCACCGAACCAGUUUCUUACCCAAUCUUUGGGUUCUAUUUUGCAUCGAUCGAAGGUUUCGCAACGCUUGUAAGGAAUACCAUGUCUUAUUUUAUGAUGAUGACGUCCAUCGAGGUUUAGCGCAAAUUUUAAGUAAGGAAGAGAGGAAAAAGUGACCAAGCUCGACCCAGGUACAAAACUCCACUUUUCUCGGAAUCUUUUAUCAUCGUAUCGAAGCCUUUGACGUGGAUUUUUGUUUAGACUAUUUUCAACUAUUUAAAUCACCAUUAAUUGGUGUAAAAUUACUUCGACUGAAGAGUAAAGAUCCACGAUGGGUAAAAACGUUCAAUUUUUCAUUGUUAUGAAUAAAGUCACUGUGUCAUAA